GUCGCUCGGCCCCGCCACCGCCCGCCCGCCCGCUCUCCGCGUGCGAGCCAGCCCCCGCCGGGCUCGGUGUCCCGUCUCGCCGGCCGGUCCCGGGCUCGAGCCCGAGCUGAACCGGCGCCAUGUCGGUGGUGGGCAUAGACCUGGGCUUCCAGAGCUGCUACGUGGCCGUGGCGCGCGCCGGCGGCAUCGAGACCAUCGCCAACGAGUACAGCGACCGCUGCACGCCGGCUUGUAUUUCUUUCGGUCCUAAGAAUCGUUCGAUUGGAGCAGCAGCUAAAAGCCAGGUGAUUUCCAAUGCAAAGAACACAGUCCAAGGAUUUAAAAGAUUCCAUGGCCGAGCAUUCUCCGAUCCAUUUGUGGAGGCAGAAAAAUCUGGUCUGGCGUAUGAUAUUGUACAAUUGCCUACGGGAUUAACUGGUAUAAAGGUGAAAUACAUGGAGGAAGAACGAAAUUUUACCACUGAGCAAGUGACUGCUAUGCUUUUGUCCAAGCUGAAGGAGACUGCAGAACAUGUUCUCAAGAAGCCUGUUGUGGACUGUGUUGUUUCAGUUCCUGGCUUCUAUACUGAUGCAGAAAGACGAUCAGUGAUGGAUGCAACACAGAUAGCUGGUCUUAAUUGCCUGAGAUUAAUGAAUGAAACUACUGCAGUUGCUCUGGCAUAUGGAAUCUAUAAGCAAGAUCUUCCUGCCUUAGAAGAGAAACCAAGAAAUGUAGUUUUUGUAGACAUGGGGCAUUCUGCUUAUCAAGUUUCUGUAUGUGCGUUUAAUAGAGGAAAACUUAAAGUUCUGGCCACUGCAUUUGAUACCACGUUGGGAGGCAGAAAAUUUGACGAGGUGUUAGUAAAUCAUUUCUGUGAAGAAUUUGGGAAGAAAUACAAACUAGACAUAAAGUCCAAAAUUCGUGCGUUACUACGACUGUCUCAGGAGUGUGAGAAACUCAAGAAAUUGAUGAGUGCAAAUGCUUCAGACCUCCCUAUGAAUAUUGAAUGUUUUAUGAAUGAUGUUGAUGUAUCUGGAACUAUGAAUAGAGGCAAGUUUUUGGAGAUGUGUGAUGAUCUUUUAGCUAGAGUGGAGCCACCACUUCGUAGUGUUUUGGAACAGGCCAAGUUAAGGAAAGAAGAUAUUUAUGCAGUGGAGAUAGUUGGUGGUGCGACACGAAUUCCAGCAGUUAAAGAGAAGAUCAGCAAAUUUUUUGGUAAAGAACUUAGUACAACACUAAAUGCUGAUGAGGCUGUCACUCGAGGCUGUGCGCUGCAGUGUGCAAUCCUGUCACCUGCUUUUAAAGUCAGAGAAUUUUCUAUCACAGAUGUAGUACCAUAUCCAAUAUCUCUGAGAUGGAAUUCUCCAGCUGAAGAAGGGUCAAGUGACUGUGAAGUGUUUCCAAAAAAUCAUUCUACUCCUUUCUCUAAAGUGCUUACAUUUUAUAGAAAGGAGCCUUUCACUCUUGAGGCCUAUUACAGUUCUCCUCAAGAUUUGCCCUACCCAGAUCCUGCUAUUGCUCAGUUUUCAGUUCAGAAAGUCACUCCUCAGACUGAUGGCUCCAGUUCAAAAGUGAAAGUCAAGGUUCGAGUAAAUGUUCAUGGCAUUUUCAGUGUGUCCAGUGCAUCACUAGUGGAAGUGCACAAAUUUGAGGAAAAUGAGGAACCAAUGGAAACAGAUCAGAAUGCUAAGGAAGAAGAGAAGAUGCAAGUGGACCAGGAAGAAUCACAUGUUGAAGAGCAGCAGCAGCAGUCACCAGCAGACCAUAAGGUGGAGUCAGAAGAAAUGGAGACUUCUCAAGCUGGAUCAAAAGACAAAAAGAUGGACCAACCUCCUCAAGCCAAGAAGGCAAAAGUGAAGAUCAGUACUGUUGACCUGCCAAUUGAGAAUCAGCUUUUAUGGCAGAUCGAUCGAGAGAUGCUAAACUUGUACAUCGAAAAUGAGGGCAAGAUGAUCAUGCAGGAUAAGCUGGAGAAGGAGAGGAAUGAUGCUAAGAACGCAGUAGAAGAAUAUGUGUAUGAAAUGAGAGACAAGCUUAGUGGUGAAUAUGAGAAGUUUGUGAAUGAAGAUGACCGUAACAAUUUUACCUUGAAGCUUGAGGACACUGAGAAUUGGUUGUAUGAGGAUGGAGAAGACCAACCAAAGCAAGUCUAUGUUGAUAAAUUGGCUGAAUUAAAAAAUCUAGGCCAACCAAUUAAGAUGAGAUUCCAGGAGUCCGAAGAAAGACCAAAAGUAUUUGAAGAACUAGGGAAACAAAUUCAACAGUACAUGAAAAUUAUCAGCUCUUACAAAAAUAAGGAGGACCAGUAUGAGCAUUUGGAUGCUGCUGACAUGGUAAAAGUUGAGAAAAGCACAAAUGAGGCAAUGGAGUGGAUGAAUAACAAGCUGAAUCUGCAGAACAAGCAGAGUUUGACCAUGGAUCCAGUUGUCAAGGCAAAAGAUAUUGAAGCCAAAAUUAAGGAGCUGACGAGUUUCUGUGGCCCUAUAAUUUCAAAGCCCAAGCCCAAAGUGGAACCUCCAAAAGAGGAGCAAAAAAAUGCAGAGCAAAAUGGACCAGUGGAUGGACAAGGAGACAACCCAGGCACUAAAGCUGCAGAGCAGGGUACAGACACUGCUGUGUCUUCGGAUUCAGACAAGAAGCUUCCUGAAAUGGACAUUGAUUGAUUCUGACAGUUGUUUAUAUUAAAACAGACUAUUAUAAAGCUUUAAGUUGUCAACUUUGUUCUAAAUAUCAACUAGAGUAAUCAAAAUACUGGAGAUUUCUUAGUCAGUUUUUAGGGGGACUUUCGGGGAGGGGAUAUAGGUAAUGUAUGGAGCAUUUUGACUUCUAAAUAGUUAGAUACAGAAAUUUAAGUGCAUUGUAUCUUUUUCAUAAUGGUACUAUUUAGAGGUUCAGUUAGUCUUACUGAACUUAUGCUUCACUCCCUUUAUGUUUAAUCAUACUUCUAUAAAGAUGUUUGUAUUGGAAAGUUGAGCUAUAGCAGAGGUUAUAAUUAGCUAUCAAGCCCACUUUCCACCCUGAUACAAUGGCAGGAACUCUCAUUGUGCUUAAAAACCGAUUGUGGAUAUUGCCGAGCAGGCUCUCCCCUCCUGGUGUGGGUCUCCCUCUUCCUGAGGGCUAGAGCAUAACCUGACAGGUGUGGCUUGAUGGAGCCAAACAAAGAAAUGCUCUUGUGUUUCUUCACCUUUCACUCCCCCCAACUUGUCUCCCUCUUAGCUCAAGGAGCCCCCGUUACAAUGCCAUAUGCUGCUCUUGGAAGCUAGAUCCCCCUCACCAGGAGCAAGUUGUUGACAGAUUUUUAAACCUGGAGUCUCUCCAGGGAAAGUAUAAAGUAUGUUCCUGAAGUUACCUUCUCUAGUCCCCUAAGUAUCUUCACUAACAGUCCUAAAAUCUGAAUAAUUUUUCUUUGGAAAGAUAGACAUGGGUAGAUGUAUUGUCAUAUAGAAUUGAUAAAUUUACCUAAGGAUUCUUGUUAAUUAUGGUGUAAAGAUUUGUUUUCUGGUCUGUUUGUCAGGCAAGAAAUGUUCUGUGUAAAUUUGAGGUACAGCCUGAAGUUCAAGGACACAAUUUCUUUUCUAACUCACUAUUAUCAUGUAUUAAGUGUUAAUCUGUCACGAAUCUGCCAAUUUGUUAACAGCUGACAGGUUGUAUUUAAGACUAACAUACACUGGAUUGUACUGGAUGAGGCUGAAAAGUGUUAGAGUGUUAUGCCUGACGUGAGCAGUACCUCGUUCUUCCUGUACACCCAAUGUCAGGAGCGCCAAAGCAUUUCCUAGGACUGUUACUUGAGGCAGUAUUCAAAGAAGUGUGAGGCAUUUUGGAAAAUCUAAGGGAAGUUGAUGUUAGAAGCCAGAGCUGGUACCUGCCUUAGAAAUUGUUCAUCUUUGUUGGUUACAUUCUCUGGAUCCUUGUAAUAAUUGUUAUUCUGUAUUACAGAGUGCUCCUCUGUAAAUUUUGGCCUAUGUUGUUAGAAAUAAGAUUAUACCUUGCAUAUUUAGACUAA